AUGAUCGCGUCACCAGCGGAACGGCGGAUAGCAAUGGAAGCAUUUCCCCAAUGGAAAUCACAUGCGGCCCUCCGGCGCUUUGCUUGUGUUCACUCUGUUGCUGCCCUAAAAGCACCACGGGUUCUCCCUGCUGAUGCAGACGAACCCACAGCCCUGGAUAAGCAUCGUGCUUGGUUGAAUUCUGCUGGACUGUUGCGUUUUGAUUUUAACCAUGAUGAUCUCAUACGUUGGAUGGGGGGCGAGUACACCAAUCGACACCGUGAUUUCAAUGCAGAAUGGGAUGUCAUUGAAUCCAAAUUGCAGAACAGAUCAAUUCCGUCCGAUCUUCCACCUACAAAAUUGGAUCUUACUUAUCGAAUCCAGACAGAGGGUGUGCCUCUGCGGGGUCAGUUUACUACCCCCAUGACGGCAACAUGUCUUCAAAAUUCUUAUGAUAAUCAUCCCGCGGUGGAUGAAAAUUUUGACAAGGUGGAAAAGAAGUUCGCAAAAGAAGAGUGGCAAUCCUAUCAUCUCCACUAUCUGCGGUUUGUGUAUGAGUUCAUUCCUGGCCUCGUUAUCAAUCCAAUUCAAUGGGUCUUUGACAAAGGAAAAGGUCGGAUCUGCAUUGAUUGCUCCAAUGGUCCUGAUCCAUUGGGUUCUAUCAAUCGUUACAUUCCAUCUCCAAAGGAGGUAAAGGCUGCAAUGGAACACGCCAAGACGGCAACGGAGGAUGCUCAAGCUGUCAAAGCUGCUGAAAAUUUGGAAAUGGAAUGCCCACAAGUUUUUUACCAGUAUGCAUUUCAACGCAUCAUGCGACCUAAUGAACCUAUCAUGGUCCAUGCGGAUGAUAUCAAGGCUGCUUUCCGGAGAGUGUUAUAUCACCCAGAUCUGGCCUGUGCUUUUGCCUAUGUCUAUUCAGAUUAUCUCAUGGUACCUGUGGGUCAGGUUUUUGGUUCCCAAAGUGCACCUUCUUAUUCCUGUGUGUUGGCAGAUGUUCGUCAAGCAUUGGCAGCUUGUCGACCAGAUGAUUCCAUUGUCCAUCCUUUGGUGGCAUCAUGUACCUUUGAAACUCAUUCAUCUACUCCUUUGGUCCAAGUUCCACAAGACUCCCAUUACCCGCUACUCUCUCUAGAAGAGCAGGAAAGUAUGUAUAAUGCUAGUUUUGUGGAUGACAAUGGCGUCGUGGCAUAUUUAAAAGAAAUGCCACAAGCGCUUCAGCACAGUGUCCAGUCAGCUUUUGAGACGUUUGGAGUGGAAGAUCGCCGUGGUGGUUGCCUUCAAGAUGCCAAGUGGAAUUCUUUGGUUUCGGAGACAUUCAUGUUCUUGGGGUUUCGUGUCGAUACACAUCACAUGACAGUUUCAUGGCCGUUAGAAAAACGCCAAGCCCUCCAUAUCAAAACCCGCUCGUGCCAAGUCAUCACGGCAGAUUCGCCAGAGGAAGCCAAAAUCAGAACUCCAUCCACCAAUCCCGGCAUAACUUGCAUCAGAAUAGACUCUGUGUGUGGGAUCACGUUCCAAAUAAAGUGCAAUGGGUCUAGACCACAAAGGACUACUUUCCGGAAAAAGUAG